GACUUCUGAAUAGUUUAUUUUGUACGACGAGCGAUCUCACCCCCUACCGGAGUAGUAGAGUGGUCGAGGGCUGACUACCGACUGGCCGACGGACCGACAGACGCGGACCAAUAUUCAAUACCUUUAUCAUAUCACAGGACACAGAAGAAAUUAAAGACGCAAUUUAUUCCGAAAAAACAAAAAAUUCACGGUCAGUGUACAGCUACUGACGAGGUCCGUCUGUGGAGGGAUUAGUGAGAGAGAUACAAGGUACCUACCUACUUUACCAACAGUCGUUCAGUGUUAGCAGUUCACGGUUUCUUGAAAGUCCAUUGCCGCUAAUCGUCACCAUGUCUUACGCGUACCUGUUUAAAUACAUCAUAAUCGGAGACACAGGAGUAGGCAAAUCGUGUCUCCUAUUGCAGUUCACUGACAAGAGAUUCCAGCCCGUCCAUGAUCUCACCAUUGGCGUCGAAUUUGGUGCACGUCUGGUGUCCAUUGAGACCAAACCCAUCAAGCUGCAAAUAUGGGACACUGCUGGCCAGGAAGCUUUUCGAUCAAUCACCCGAUCUUAUUAUCGUGGUGCAGCUGGUGCAUUAUUAGUGUAUGACAUCACCCGUCGAGACACUUUCAAUCAUUUGACUACGUGGUUAGAAGACGCUAGACAACAUUCCAAUUCUAAUAUGGUUAUUAUGCUCAUUGGCAACAAAAGUGAUUUGGAGGCUAAACGAGAAGUAAAGAAAGAAGAAGGUGAAGCAUUUGCUCGGGAACAUGGAUUGGUAUUUAUGGAAACAUCUGCUAAAACUUCUGACAAUGUAGAAGAAGCCUUCAUAAACACUGCCAAAGAAAUAUAUGAAAAAAUUCAAGAGGGAGUAUUCGAUAUCAAUAACGAGGCAAAUGGUAUUAAAAUUGGACCACAACAUUCGACUGGUAAUAGUAGUAUACCUGGCGGAAAUAAUCGAUCCAAUGGCAAUGGUUGUUGUUAACUAUUUCUGAAGGUCAACUAAAUAAUAUUCAAUUCUACAAAUUUGAUAUUAUUGCUUUCCACGUGGGUUAUACUUAAUUAUUUAUUUAAUUUUUUUUUUUUUUUGAGUGAAUUCAAUAUUUAUUAAUAGACCAAGCUCUAUGAAUUUAGUAUUGCAAAUAUAUCUAUUUAUAUAACUAUAUUACUUAUUGGUACCUACUUUUAUGAUGCUGGUUUGGUUGUAAAAAAAAAUUAAGUCAUAAAUGUAUAACCCAUAAAUGAUUAAAAAAAUAUUCUUAUACACUUUACUUCUAUAGUUCUAUAUUAUCGUAUUUAAUUUUACGUUUACCCUUAGGUUAGGAACUUAAUUUAUUUAUUUCUAAAAAUUUGUUUGUUAGAAUAUAACUGUUUUAAUAUAUUUAUAUUAUCUUAUAAUACACGCGAUCAGUAUUAAAAGUUUAAGUGUUCAUUUGAUGUAUUUUACUAAAAUAAUUUUCUUUUUAAAUUCAAAUAAUUAACAUCACUUGAAAUAUUAAUUUUUUUAUGUUGCCAUUCUAAUUUAAAUAAUGAAAAUUAAUUUUUAUAAUAAUUAUAAUUAUAUAUUGUUUUAACUUUAAUUUAACUUUUGAUACUGAACGCAUAAUUAUCACUAUGGUUUUAAACUUUUAACGUUUAUAAAACUAACGAUUUUAUAAACAUUUUUUGUGUAAAUAUUAAAUACUAUAUUGUUAAUCAUUUAAUGUCCUUAGAUCUUAUAAUUUAAUAUGCCUCAUUAUAUUAAUUUGAUUGAUGUACAAUGUACAUGUUAGUCACAAUAAAUGUUUAAUCUCUUAUUUUA